AUGCCAUUCUACAAGGACAACCGCAUAGUCCCCUUGGGGAUUAUGUUGUUGACAUUUUUUAUCUUUGUCUAUCAUUUUGAAUUGGAUCGUCAGGGCCCAUUGGGCGAGAUCCCCGCGACAGUCGUUCCAAAUACAUCCGUUGUUGAAUCGUCAAAUUCAAAUCCGAAAGCUACCACCAACUUUGUGGAUGAAGCUGUUGACCAGCCCGUUCACCAUGCCAUUCCCUCCCCAAUUCCUUCCGCUAAACCACCAAGCUCUUCAACUCAUUCGCUCCACCAGCCGAAAGGCCUAAGUACCGACGACGUGAUUCUUAUGUUCAAAACCGGAGCUACCGUUCUAUGGAAGCGUGUGCCCAUCCACAUGGCGACUACAUUCUCACCCCAACGCAUCAGUACCGAGAACAUCAUCAUUUACUCCGAUUAUCCCGAGAGCAUAGGACAAUGGGAGAUCAUCGAUGUUCUUUCAAACACCACUGAUAAAGUGCGCAAAUCGGAGACCUUCAAGCCAUAUCUCCAGCAGGAGGACUACGAAUCGCGCCAGAACUAUGCUGAGAUGUCAAACAUGCCCGGCGAUGCUGCUGGGCCUCCCGGAGGAUGGAAGCUCGAUAAAUACAAAUUCUUGCCUAUCAUACAGCAUGCAGGCCUGAACAAGCCCAAUACGAAAUGGUAUAUCUUCAUGGAAGACGACUCCUACAUCUUCCUUCCUAAUCUCCUCCGCCAUUUGGAGAAAUUCGACCAUAAAGACCCAUGGUACCUGGGCAGUCUGGCCUGGAUCCAUGGAGACUACUUUGCUCACGGUGGCUCCGGCUUUGCGCUAUCUCGGGGGGCUUGGGAAAAGAGUUUCGGAAAAGACCCGCGUAUCGUGGAGAAGUUUGAAGAAUUUACCGAAGAGCAUGGUUGCGGAGAUCACAUCCUGGGCCAUGUACUACAUGAAUACGGUGUACAAUUCGGCGAAACCACGGAUGAUAAUCGAUUCCGUUAUGGAUUCAACCCCGAAUCUCACUGGUCGACGUGGUAUGAGCCUGCUAACUGGUGCAAGCCGGUGUAUAGCUGGCAUCACACACAUGGAAAAGACGUAGCCCGAUUCUACAAGCUCGAGCAGUCCUGGGACUUUGAGAAGGGCCCUCUGAGAUAUCGCGACAUCUACGAGGCGCUGGUCGCCCCGUAUCUGCGACCUCGUGCAGAGUGGUGGGAUAAUUGGUCUGGCAAGUAUGAGAUCAAAUCCAGCAUGGCUGCAAGUGCCGAGCCACCAAGCAAGGUCAAGUCUACUGAGACAUGGCGCAGCGCCUGGAAGUCGGUGGAGGCCUGUGAGGCGGCCUGCAUAUCUUGGGCUGACUGCGUGCAGUGGUCAUUCUACGAAGACCGCUGUAAGAUGGACAGCAUGGUUUUAUUGGGCAACGGUAUUCCGGAAGGUGACUCCAGGCGACAGACUAGCCUCCCUUGGGUCAGCGGAUGGCUGCCACGUCGGAUUGAAAACUGGACUUGCCAAGAAUAA